AUGCCCCCCGUGACACGACCUGAGGGUCAUAUGAGCCUCAACUACAUUCCAACCACUCAAUCAAUGUCUGGAACCUCCACGGGCCGCAAUUCUCCUAAUGAUCCGUCUGCAGCUGCCCCCAUCAAGCCGCCUUUUGGGUCCUCGACCAGCCUCAAUGGCGCUGCAGGCUCAAUCGGAAGUGCAAGGUUAGGGGCUGGCUCCCCUUCUCACGAACUCGGCGCUCGUUUAUUUUCAAAACGGGCUCGUGAAAUACAAGCAGAAGAAGGCGUCUCUCCGAGUAUCUGGGGCCCUCCCACCAGCGGCCAUUCCACCCCUUUGCGCGAGAACAUCCCUGAGUCACCUAGUCAGGAAGGUUUCCCCGAUCUUGUGCCUCCCUCAAGCAGUUCUAUGAACAGCCCCGGACGGAGAACACGAGCAGGCACAGUUCCGUCCCGAUUCCCGCCAGUUGGUGUCCUGAAUGAGACUAAUUUACAACAACCGUUCAUGGCCCAGUCUUCUCGACCUACCCCUUCAACUAGUCCUUUUAGACCAACCGGCGUGUCUGGCAUUGACACGGGUGUCAAACCUGCAACAACCAUGGGUGGAGGUGGUACAGGCAGUUUAUCCCGUCUCCGCGCUGGUUCGAUGCCACAGCGGGCAAGCUUCCUCGGUUCCGCAGGGCCCUUUGGGCCGUCUCUUUUCUCUACAAGCUGGGCCUCAGGGCGCGAUCGAGCGACCACUCUUACUAGCAUCAGAUCUGGUGAUGGACCGGCUUCUCCAACUCAAUCAUCCUACUCGCGCGAUGGACUCACGGAUACCGACGUGAAGACUCUGGACUAUCUUGGUCUUGCAGAGACCCCGCAGCAAGCUCGGGCCAAUCUUGUACGACCGCCAGUCGAUGUUCUGCUCCAACAGCAGCAGCAGCAGCAGACAUCUUCCCUUCCUCCGUUACUCGCUGAGCUCGCAAUGAUCAAGAACAACAGCCGCAUACGUUCUUACUCAGUCAAUGCUAAGGAAAAAUAUGCUGAUGACGAGGAGCUCGAAUACGAGAGCCGCUAUUCUCAACUGCCCUCCGGGACCCUUACACCUAAUGCAGCUGCAACAGCUGCCCAGCUGGCCGCUACCCAGGCCCAGAUUCAUCAGCACAACCUCGCCGUGCAGGCUUUUGCAAGCCAUGCGACUGUUAAUCGGCCCCGCGCGAGAACUGCAGGUAUUCUUGAGGCUCCCCCACAGCGGUCUUCUAUUCGCAAUUACCUCGCUACUCCCUCGCGCCUGGAAAAUAGUUUCAGCGCUGCCGAUUUGAACAUCGCUGAAACCGCUGAAUAUGACGAAUUGGCGGAGGCUGUGCAAUUGAUGAACCUGGGCGGAAAUCCUGGUGCCGGAAUGAACCUUCGGCCGACGGCAGAGCUAGUUGACGAAAAUAAUCAGGAUGGCCCGACCCGCGCGCUUUGGAUCGGCAGUAUUCCCGUUUCGACGACAGUGACAUCCCUAGAAGCCAUCUUUAGCAUGUAUGGCAAGAUCGAGUCCACCCGUGUCCUGACCCACAAGAAUUGCGGAUUUGUCAACUUUGAGCGCAUCGAGAGCGCGAUUCAGGCGAAGUCAUUGCUCAAUGGAAAAGAAAUAUUCCCUGGCGCUGGUCCCGUGCGAAUUGGAUAUGCCAAGGUUCCCGGAUCAUCCAACGCUGGCACACCUGGAGUCAAUGGCGCCCAGCAAUCGCCAACGCCCGACCCGAACGCAAAGUCGAGUGCCCCUGAUGCGGACAAAUUCAAUAGCGGGACUACUGUCCCACGGAUCCCUGCUCUUUCUGAUCUCCAACCAGAACUAGUACAGAUUGUUAAUGAGUUUGGAGCCACGGACGACGAGGUACUCAAGAUCACUUCUAGCAUCCAACAGGCCAUCGCUUAUCAGGUGUUUCACGAUGAAAUCCCGUCUGUUCCAGAGCCCAACCAAACACGGAUGUUUGAUGCUCCUCGUCUCCGAGAUAUUCGGAAGCGGAUUGACAAUGGGGCUUGCUCUGUUCAGGAGAUCGAGGAGACCGCAGUAUCAAUGCUCCCUGAGAUUGCAGAGCUUUCUUCCGAUUAUUUGGGCAACACUGUGGUUCAGAAACUGUUCGAAUUCUGCUCCGAGCCCACGAAGGAGCAAAUGCUGGGUCCGAUCGCGCCCCAUCUAGGUGAAAUCGGUGUCCACAAGAACGGUACAUGGGCGGCUCAGAAGAUCAUUGACGUGGCCAAAACUCCAAGGCAGAUGCAGAUGAUUGUUGACGCUCUUCGGCCAUACACGGUACCAUUAUUUUUGGACCAAUACGGGAACUAUGUCCUUCAAUGCUGUCUACGAUUCGGCUCUCCUUAUAACGACUUUGUUUUUGAGUCUAUGCUAAGUCGUAUGUGGGAAAUUGCUCAAGGGCGCUUUGGUGCUCGCGCUAUGCGCGCGUGUCUUGAAAGUCACCAUGCCACGAAAGAUCAGCAACGAAUGCUUGCGGCUGCCAUUGCCCUUCACAGUGUUCAGCUUGCCACUAACGCCAAUGGCGCUCUGUUGCUUACCUGGUUCUUGGAUACUUGCACUUUUCCACGGCGUCGAACCGUGCUGGCCCCGAGGCUGGUUCCCCACUUGGUGCAUCUCUGCACGCAUAAGGUUGCUUACCUGACAGUCCUCAAGGUUAUCAACCAACGCAAUGAGCCCGAGGCCCGGGAGAUUGUUUUGAAAGCCCUCUUCUUCAGCCCAGGCGAUGAGGUGCUUGAGAAAAUUUUGAGCGAUCAAACGUCAGGCGCGACCUUGAUAUUCAAGGUUCUCACAACACCUUUCUUUGACGAAUCAAUGCGCGCAGAGGUGGUAAAGACCGUUUCAAAGGUUCUCACCAUACUAAAGCCCGUGCCUAACCAAGGCUACAAACGCUUAAUGGAUGAGGUCGGCCUGUCCUCCCGAGGUGGUUCUCGUGACAAUCAUCAUGGACGCGAAACCGGAGGUCAUUCGACCAAUGCCGAGAAGCAGCAACACCGUCCCGCAUCCCGCCAGGCAGCCGCCAACUAUCCCUCGCAGCCACCUCUGGAAAGACAGUAUAGUGGACAGUUUUCUCCUAUGGGCCAAAACUUGGAUGGUGCUCGACCCAUAUCGUCCGAUCACCAGAACACCACAGGACAGUUCGAGCCGUAUUCUGUCAAUGCUGUUGGUGGCCUUGCUACUUCCAGUUCUAUGAAUAACCUCAACGGAAUUGGAGGCAUGAACGGUUCUGGUUUUGGCCAGGAGCCUAUGAUGCCGCUAGCACAACAACAGCUUCAGUACCAGGCGUAUCUGGCAGCGCAGUCUAGAGGUGUAUCCCCUGGAGGUCUAUACACAGGCAUGGGCAACACCCCUUAUGGAUACCCAACUGGUACCGAUAACCUUCGCGCAAUGCAAGCUCAGCCUGCACCUUUGUCUGGGGCGCCAAACCAGCUAAAUCCGGGGCCAAUGCUCAACCAGUCUCCUUACGCUCCUCAACAGUUCAGCCCGGUUAUGGGCGCAUCGCAGAUGUAUCAAUAUCCCCCGCAGUUCUACGCACAAACACCGCCUGUUCAAGGGCAACCAGCUGGAGGACGACGUGGACGUCGCUGA